AUGGGUUCCACUAAUGACCUUCCCCGCAUCCGAGCAUGUCUCUUUGACAUGGACGGCUUGUUGAUUGACUCAGAGGAUUUGUACUCCAUAAUCACGAAUGAAAUUCUCCAGAAGUACGGCAAACCCAUUCUUCCCUGGUCAAUCAAGGCGCAGCUGCAGGGUCGACCCCAGCCGGAGGCCGGCAAGAUUUUCAACGACUUUGCCCAGCUCCCCAUCAGCGCUGAGCAGCUGAAGGAGGAGCAAUCGGUUCUCCAGCGACACUAUUUCCCACAGUCAAAGCCGCUACCCGGUGUACCGACUCUUUUGGCCAACCUUGUGUCGACGCAGUCAACCGACGAGCCUGUGUACAUCGCACUAGCAACAUCAUCGCACAGCGCGAACUACAAAUUAAAGACCGAUCAUCUAACCGAGCUAUUCUCGGUAUUCCCCGAACCCAACAAGGUUCUUGGUGACGAUCCACGCAUCGGCAAGGGCCGAGGUAAACCUCUUCCCGAUAUCUACCUGCUUGCUCUGGAGACCAUCAACAUUGAGCUGCGCAACAAGGGGAAGACGGAGAUCAAGCCAGAGGAGUGUCUCGUCUUUGAAGAUGCGGUUCCGGGUGUCGAGGCUGGUCGUCGUGCCGGCAUGCAGGUUGCCUGGUGCCCUCAUCCGGGUCUUCUAGGAGCCUUCAAGGGCCGGGAGGAAGAGGUGCUCGCUGGAGCCACGGGUGCGCAUAAGGACGAGGAGAAGACAGAUGCUGAGAAAGAGGCAGAGGAGCUCCAGGCCCCGCGUCUGCAGGGUUCUGGAACGCCUGGCAAGAUCGGCGACGGGUUUGGUCAGCUCUAUACUACUUUGGAAGACUUCCCGUAUGCGAAGUACGGCAUUCGCAUCCCCUGA